UUCUUUCGUACCUGUCUGCCGCCAUGGCCAUUCACGCUCUGCGAAACUGGGGUGUGUUUAGUGUCCGUUUCUCGCACACAAGAUACACGCACCAUUGAGCUGUGUUGUUUGCUCACAUCUGCCUUCGGUGAGAUUGCGGUGGAACCUUACCCUACCGAACCGAUCGUUCCCCUACCGUUGGUCUCUAAUGGUCUCUUAAGAAGUAGUCGUGUAGUGCUGUAGCGGAACGGUGCGUAUCCUGCUAUCCCGAUAGCUUCCUAGCUUCCUAGCUUCCGUUGUAUGAAAGCGGCUGGUCGCUGGCGCUGGCGUUGGCGUAUGAUAAAGUUAAAGUGAACUUGUUAGUGCAAGAUACCUUCAGGUCAGGUGUUACAAAUCCUGUGCAGCAACGCUGAGCAAGGAACUAUGUGCUGUACAGUUUAAGCCGUACACAGCACAGCCGUUCGCGAAAGGAAGCACACCCACAAGACCAACAAACAAUGGAACACCGAACGCAAAUCGCAGCAACGCUCAGUACGCUGUUUCUGCUUUUCUGCAGAACGCUUGGAGAAAAUGUCACCUCCGUCGUACCACCAACGGUGCAAAGCGUGCCUGAUACGGUGCAUACCACGGCGGGCCUAAUGCACACGACUCUACCGCACCAACAUCAGCUGUACACGCCCUCCACGGUACAGCAGCUGAACACUCUGCCUACGGAACAAACGGGUUCCUCCUAUACGAUCGCUCAGCCAAGUGUUACUGUCGGCGGAUUGUAUGUCAGCCCGACCAGCGACAGCCCAACACCGUCACAACCAUCGUCCGUUGCGCCGCCGCUGUACACAUUAAACACGUCCGUUUCCUUUCUUCCGACAACGCAAACAGCGGUACGGCAGGAUAUGAUCGAUAGCCUACCGGUGGACGUUACGCAGAUCGAGGAAAAACAGCUCGGCCCCGGAGGUCCUAACCAGGUGGAAAGUGUUGGCAUACAGCGAGCCUUGUGUUGGCUCAGGGACAAGCGGCUGCCAGAUUACAGCUGGGGCAACGAUACGCACAUGGUGAUUCUGGCCAAAGAGCUGUCCGGAGCGCGCGAUCCAACGGAAAACGAUAAUCCUAUUCAGGCGGUUUCCGAUCUGGAGAACUUACUGUCCAUCAAGCAGAUGGACAUUGAGGUGCUGACGAUGCUGGACCGGCAUCACGCUACCGCCAAGCUACCUCACACGGACCACGUUGCCAAGUACAUUUUGGCGAUGGGUGGCCUCUGCAAGGAUGCGCGCCAUUUUUAUGGGCACGAUCUAGUGGCCGCUCUCGAACAUCAUGAGCAUGAUCAGGGUCAGGAGUAUGAGUUCGCGUUGACAGCACUCGCAAUAUGCAGUUCGGCAACGCAUGUACGAAAGCGCCAAAUACGACGGCUGUUGGAUAUAGCCAGCGGCGAGGUGAAUGAUGUCGACACAAUCGCCAUGGUGCUGCUGGCACUACGGUGCAUCGUUACCGAUCAUCGCCAUCGUCAUCUGCAGCAUUUCGUCCGUCGUCCAGCGCGUGGUUUGGCUAGUUUGCAAGGACCGCAGGGUAGCUUUGGUUCGCUCCGAAGCACGGCACUGGCUAUGCAAGCACUGCAAGAUUUGGAGCCAGAUCCGGCCGGAAAAUGGAAUCGCACCGCUGCGUCCGAGUGGCUGUUGGCUAAGCAACGUACAGACGGAGGCUGGACGGAGGAGCCGCUGCAGGAUGGACAGGAUCCUAGCAUCGGCAUUGGACUAACGGCCGACAUCGUUCUCGCGCUCGGUUGGCGGGGCCUGGGAGCAGUUCGGGCCCUACAGUGUGACCAUGUGAUGCGUGAGUCUAACGAACCGUCCGAAAAUGGAGAGCCCAAGCUGGCGGCACCAAUUGGGCUGGGUAUAUCACCCGUGGAAGAGCUGGAACCGCGAAACGUUUCCUACACCUACACGCUGUGGGUGGGUACGAAUGAAACGGAAGAAUACUUCCUCGAUUUGACCUCGCCGAAAAAUACAACCUUUUUCCGAGCCAUGAAACAGGCGGCAGAAAUAGAUCCCAGAUUUGCUUUCGAAGCACGCGAAUGGCCCAACGGACACUAUGUGCAUACUUUGGCUGGCAUGAAGGAGGAACCGAAGAGUUAUCACUUUUGGUUGCUCUAUCGCUUACCCGAACGGCCGGAUACGAAAAAUCCUCCCGGAAAUCAGCUAAUAGCUCCACUAGGAGUGGACGAGCUGCUGGUGGAAGAUGGAGAACACUAUCUCUACUGGUACAAGAAACUAUAAACCAACGUUUCCUUCCGCGGAAAAGGAGAUGGAUGGUAAGCAAUAAGCGACCACAAAUAUUUUUUUAGCGACAGGCGACAACAGCAGCAAUAAAACGAAAACAACAAAUUUUGGCAAGGAAAAGCAAGACACACUUGCAGCAGCCAGCAGUUGCAGAGACUGUUACUGUUACUGUAGGUUAGAGAGAUGGCAGGAGGCUUUGCUAUCACCACCACCACCACCACUACUACUACUACUACUACUACAUGACUUAAUGUGCACAAGGCUACGCAUACGCAUGGUGAGCAGUGUUGCAAAUUUUCCAGCACAAUGUACAUUUCAGUUGGAACCGGUUCGUCCCAUCGUCGUACUGUGGACUGCAUUGGAAGUUCUACGGUCUGCUGUAUGCUCAGCACUCGAUACUUUGAAACAUUCCUACAUUUGCUCAACAGUUUGAUGCGUGGUUUGAUUUACAGUCCUAGACAUUUGACAAGCUGGUUGCAAAUUAGUGUAGAAAAGCACCAAUGCAACACUAGAAACUAUAUACAUAUAUAUAACACACAAGGAUAAACGCCAACGGGACGCAACACCUGAACGGUGACAGUUUACUCUCCGGCAUGCAGGCAGGCAGCAAGCCGCGGGCCGACGGAUGAGAGGAAGGGAUAGAACAAAUUGUGGACCAUCCGUAAGUGAGUAGCAGACAGUGAGGGAAGCUAUGGUAGGUACGGUACGGAAGUACCUGCCGUGCAAUAGCUACACGGUUAGAUCAAGAUAUAAGCGUAUACAAACAAUUAUACAAAAUAUACAUAAAUAUCUAUAUACAAAAGCGGCAAAUGAAUAUAUACACCUAUACAUAUACAGCCAUACAAUAUACACCAUACGUACAUUUGCCAAUGCCGAACCACCAAUAGACAGGCACCUAGGCGGCAAGCAUAGGUGCAUAUAGGCAUCAGGCAGCGUGCUUGUGCGUACGAUCCCAGGCGAGGCGAGCGCUUUUGCAUAUUUGUUUUGUGUUUUUUUCUUAAGCAGUUGGCCAACAGCGUGUUUAGUGAUGUGAGUUAUUGCCCCAAAUGGCACCAGCAAGUGAGGCACUCCAAAUUGACAAUAAUUAAAGCAUAAAUAAAAAGCAAACAAACAAGGAAAUACCAGGCAAAGAAGAGCGCGUAUAUGAGGUGCUGUGUCCGGGUUGCAUACAUGCAUGACGUUAAGAAAAGUAGACCAGACAAGAACGAAAAGUGUAGCGGCCUGGAAUGGGAAUGGAUUUAGCGUAAGUAAUAGUGAUCAGAGGCAAAAGGGAACAACGAUCCGUUGCAUUCCAAUGUGACGAAUAACAUUCGGUCCGUGUACUACCACUACCGACCGAGCGAGGAGUCAUUUCAACUAAAGCUCGCUUCACCACUCUAUCUAAAUGCACACUAAUUCGGCACAAACAAACAAAGGGCUGCGCGGCAAUGGGAAGCAGCAAAGGAACGAGACGAGGGUGUCCGAUUAGUCCCCGAUUGCGCUCACUCAUACUCUCAUCUGGAUCUGCUAGCAUGUAGCGACGCAUUUUUGGUAGUGUUUACCCCUUUCGUCGUAACUGUAGUGGCAUAUUAGAACGGACAAUAUCAUUUACACAAUAGUGUGCGAAAGCUGCUCAACUAGAGUUUGUAAUGGAACUGUUUCGAAUCGUAGUACAUUUGCCCGACUUUUGUAGGGGGCGAUUGGCCAUGUGUUCUCCAUUUCGUUUGGUUUAUUAGUUUUACUAUUAGUGAACUAUUUGCUAGGUACUAUUGCUCUGUGUUGUUGAGUUGGGAAUGAGCCUUAUAUUUUGCAACCAGUUUCCUAUGUACAAACUGACUUUUGUAUAACUUCAACCUAUCUUAUCGCAUAAUAAUAUACACCUUACACCGACGAAGGAAGGAACAUGAAAGCAGCAAAAGCCAAACGUAGGGUCCAUCAUGAUACUUAAUAAAACAAAAACAUCCCACAGCAAAGGAACGACGAUGUCUUUCGAGAGCAUGCUGCAGUGGAGUAGCAGCGAAGGCGCUAAUCAAGCAUAGAGCAUGGUAACAAAUAAGCAACGCCACAUAUAAUAAUGACAACUACAAAAGCUAGCUAUAUACUGUACACAUAUUGCCCAACAUUCCUGGUAACUUACUUCAGUUUCGACAUUAUGAUUACCGGCGUGUUGUAUUGCAAAGAAAAACAUCGUCCAAUAAGUAGCUAUACAUGCAUGGCUCAGAUUGCGAUUGUUCAAUAAUUCACACUUAUGUUCGACUACUGUUCGACAAGUCUCAAAAGCCCCACCAAUAAACGAUGUGAAACUAUGUAAAUCGUCCAUCUAGAGGAUUAACUGGUAUCAUAAAGAGAAUAAAAAAAGAAUAUCGCCUGCCUACUA